UGAAAAAGCACUCGUUUCUUUGUAAUUGUUAAAAAUGACUUCCUCCUUUUUUAUGGUUGUGUUUGCUUAUUUGCUUUUUAUGUCAAGUUUUGGUGUGUGCAGAGAGACGGUGUGCAUUGGAAGUGAGAGAGAGACACUGUUGAAGUUGAAGCAUAAUCUCACAGAUCCUUCAAAUAGGCUUUCUUCUUGGAAUGCCUCUGUCAAUCCCAAUUGCUGCCAUUGGGAUGGAGUUGUCUGCAACAACAUUACAUCUCAUGUUGCAGAGCUUCACCUCACCACUUCACUUCCGGAUGUCGAUUACAACCUUCCUGAUCCAUUAUAUGAAGCAGAUUACGAAGAAGCAUGGGAAGAGUAUAAUAGAGUGGCAUUGGGUGGAGAGAUAAAUCCUUGUUUGGUUGAUUUGAAGCAUUUGAAUUACUUGGAUCUUAGCGGCAAUCAUUUUCCAGGUACUCCAAUUCCUUCCUUCAUUGCAACAAUGACUUCUUUAACUCACCUCAAUCUUUCUGAUGCUGGAUUCAUGGGGAAUAUUCCUUCUCAGAUUGGAAAUCUCUCCAAUUUGGUCUAUCUUGACCUCUCUUAUGUUGCCAACGGAACAAUUCCUCCCCAGAUAGGGAGUCUCUCCAAUUUGCUCCACCUCCACCUCAGAGAAAGAUAUUAUGAAGAAUCUUUGUUUCUUGAAAAUAUUAAUUGGCUAUCAAGUCUUUCCAAAAUUCGUUAUCUUACAUUGAGCAACAUUUGGUCACUUAAAGCAAGUAUGCCAAUUCCUUCUUUUCUUGGCUCAAUGACCACCUUAAUUCACUUGGACCUCUCUUUUUCUAGAUUCAUGGGCAACAUUCCUCCCCAGAUUUGUAAUCUUUCCAAUUUGGUGUAUCUAGACCUAAGCGAUGUUGCCAAUGGAACUAUUCCCUCUCAAAUUGGAAAUCUCUCCAACUUGCUCUACCUUAAUCUUCAUAGUGGUAAUUCUAUUGACAAAACUUUGUUUAUUGGAAAUGUUGACUGGUUGUCAAGUCUUACAAAGCUUGAAUAUCUUAAUUUAGGAGGUGCAAACCUAUCCCAAUCAUUUCACUUGCUUCACUCCCUCCCAGCUCUUUCUUCUUUAGUGCACCUAGAUUUGUCGAGUUGUACACUUCCCCACUACAAUCAACAAUCAUUUCUUAACUUCUCGUCUCUCCUCACUUUGGAUCUUUUUGGGGUUUCUUAUCAUUCUGGAAUCUCGUUUGUUCCAAAGUGGGUGUUUGGAUUGAAGAAACUUGUUUCUCUCGUUUCAUCUUUUAACUACUUUGAAGGUCCAAUUCCUGAUGGUCUUCGAAAUCUCACACUUCUUGAAUAUCUUGAUUUGCACUCAAAUUCAUUCUCAUCUUCUAUACCUCAUUGGUUUUAUAGUAGUUUUCCUCAUCUCAAGUUUUUGGACCUAUCAGGCAACAACUUACAAGGAAAUAUUUAUGAUGCCUUAGGAAAUAUGACUUCUCUAGUUACACUUGAUCUGUCAUACAAUCAACUUGAAGGUCCAAUUCCAACUUCUUUAGGAAAGGUGACUUCUUUGGUCAUACUUGAUCUAUCACACAAUAAACUUGAAGGUUCAAUUCCAACUUCUUUAGGAAAGUUGACUUCUCUAGUUCGACUUGAUUUAUCACACAAUCAACUUUCAGGCAAUGUAACACUAGAUUAUUGUGGCAACAAAGGUGAUGGAAAACAUACAAAAUCACUUGGAGAACUUUCAUCAUUGAGAGUACUUAUUUUGUCCUCAAAUCAACUUGGUGGAAAUCCAUUUGAAAGUCUUAGAUCACUCUCUAAAUUAUCAAGUCUUGAUAUUGAUUAUAAUUGUUUUGAAGGAGUUGUCACAGAGGAUCAUCUCACGAAUCUUACGAGUUUGUAUAAGUUUUCUGCACCAGAAAACAAUUUGACUUUAAAAGUGGGUUCAAAAUGGUAUCCUACUUUUCAACUUACUUAUUUGGAUAUGAGUUCUUGGCAAUUAGGUCCUAAAUUUCCUUCAUGGAUUCAAUCUCAAGACAAACUUAAUUAUUUAGCGAUGCCUAACACGGGAAUUUUGGAUUCUAUUCCCUAUUGGUUUUGGAAAACAUUUUCUCAAGCUUCUUUUCUAAAUCUCUCUCAUAAUCAUAUCCAUGGUGAGCUUCAGACUACUUUAAAGAAUCCAAUAUCUAUAAUUGCUGUUGAUCUAAGUGCAAAUAAGUUAAGUGGCAAAUUUCCUUCACUUUCAAAUGGUGUGGGAUUUUUGGACCUUUCAAGCAAUUCAUUCUCCAAAUCCAUGGAUGAUUUUUUAUGUAAAGGUAAAGAGAAGCCAAUGAAAUUAGAAUUUCUCAAUCUUGCAUCGAAUAACUUAUCAGGGGAGAUACCAGAUUGUUGGGACAUCUGGCCAUAUCUAUUGGAUGUAAAUUUACAAAAUAAUAAUUUUGUUGGAAACAUUCCCCAAUCCAUGAGUUCCUUAAUAGAGCUAGAAUCAUUAAGCAUCCGUAAAAACUUGCUCUCGGGAACAUUUCCUACAAUUUUGAAAAAGACCAAUAAAUUGAUUUUGUUGGAUCUUGGAGAAAAUAAUUUUUCAGGAACAAUUCCAACUUGGGUUGGAGAAAGAUUUUUAGAUAUGAAGGUUCUUAUCCUUCGAUCAAAUAGAUUUUCGGGUCACAUUCCUAAUAAAAUAUGUGAUAUGAGUCUUCUUCAAGUGUUAGACCUUGCACAAAAUAAUCUGACUGGAAACAUACCUACUUGUUUUAAUAGUUUGAAGACCAUGACACAGAUGAACAAAAGUACAAAAGCUCUUAUCUAUUGUGAAGCUGUAAACUCUACAUCUGAGUAUUCAUCUUAUACUAUAGUCAGCGUUCUUCUUUGGUUGAAAGGAAGAGGAGAUGAGUACAAAAACUUUCUGGGGCUGGUAACAAGCAUUGAUUUGUCAAAUAACAAAUUAGUAGGAGAAAUACCGAGAGAAAUCACAUAUUUAAAUGGUUUGAUAUUUUUGAACUUGUCCCACAACCAACUUAUUGGUCACAUUCCACAAAAUAUUGGUAAUAUGGGAUCAUUGAUGUCCAUGGAUUUCUCAAGGAAUAAACUUUCUGGUGAAAUUCCUCCAACCAUUUCAAAUUUGAGCUUUCUAAGCAUGCUAGACUUGUCUUAUAAUGGGUUGAAUGGCAAAAUUCCAACAGGAACUCAGUUGCAAACCUUUGAUGCCUCAAACUUUAUUGGCAACAAUCUUUGUGGCCCACCACUACCCAUCAGUUGCAGCUCCAAUGACAAAAGCUAUGAUCACAAUGGCAAAGGGAGUGAUAGACAUGGAGUGAACUUAUUUUAUGUGGGCAUGACAUUUGGAUUUGUGGUGGGAUUUUGGAUAGUAGUUGGUCCUUUGAUCAUUUGUAGAUCAUGGCGUUAUGCCUAUUUUCAUUUCCUUGAUCAUGUGUGGUUCAAACUUCAAUAUUUUUUCUAAUGUCAGUACAAUAUAUCUAAUGUGGUGAAAAAUAAAGUUAUUAUAAAACAUGGAAGUUAAUUUGAACUACUCUGUAUUGCAUAGUUGAUCAAAUUUCCAGGUAAUUUAUGUUUUGUUUGAUUUAUUU